GUUGCGGUGGGGUGCAACGUAAAGUGUUCAUGUAUUUGCACAUGACAACAACUCUCCGGAUGGCCAGGAUGUCCUAGCGUUGAAUGACUGUGCUGAGUCGCGGACAAGACGCAUUCCUUCACGAUCAUCCUGAGAGGCAGCAGCAGCAGAUGCAGCGGAGAGCAGCAAUGGUUGAGUCAGCCAGAUCCGCAGUGGAGCCGCACUGAGGCAAAGCAAGUUAUACCCCCCCUGUCUGGGGACUAGCACAAGAAAUAGGGGGAGAAGAAGAAGAGAGGAGAAGGAAAUUGUAUUCUGCCAAAACCUGAAUGCCGCCUGUUCAAUCAGAUUAACCGGAUAACCGGAAUUCCACAACUCCUGCUGCAACAGAGCUCCCGAAUUCCAGCUACAAGAUGACCGUAGUGGCAGGAGAUAACAUGGACGAGGCCGUGGCAGUGCCGGGGCACCCGCAGGACUCGUACCCCCCCGACCACGAAGACCACGACUGCUGCGAGAGGGUGGUCAUCAACAUAGCGGGGAUGCGGUUCGAGACACAACUCAAAACUCUUUCCCAGUUCCCCGAGACAUUGCUAGGCAACCCCAAGAAGAGGAUGCGCUACUUUGACCACCUGAGAAACGAGUAUUUCUUUGACAGAAACCGUCCCAGUUUCGAUGCCAUCCUCUACUAUUACCAGUCUGGCGGUAGACUGAGAAGGCCCGUCAACGUCCCGUUGGAUAUGUUCUCGGAAGAGAUAAAGUUUUAUGAGUUGGGAGUGGAUGCCAUGGAGAAAUUCCGUGAGGACGAGGGCUUCGUUAGGGAGGAAGAACGUCCUUUACCUGAGAAGGAGUUCCAGCGUCAGAUCUGGCUGCUUUUUGAGCACCCAGAGAGCUCCGGUCCAGCCAGAGGGAUUGCUAUAGUAUCUGUUAUGGUCAUUCUGAUUUCUAUAGUCAUCUUUUGUUUAGAGACUUUACCUGACUUGAAAGAAGACCCUAGGGGUCGGUUUAAGACUGUAGGGAACCAUACUUUUUUCUACAAACCAAACAUCCUAACCGAUCCCUUCUUCAUUAUUGAAACUCUUUGCAUUAUCUGGUUCUCGUUUGAGUUGUUAGUGCGUUUUUUCGCGUGUCCAAGUAAGGCGGUCUUCUCCAAAAACAUGAUGAACAUUAUUGAUAUAGUGGCCAUCAUUCCUUACUUCAUCACACUGGGAACGGAGCUGGCUGAGGACCCCGAAGACCAGGACGAGGGCAUGGGGGAGCAGGCAACAUCUCUGGCCAUCCUCAGGGUGAUCCGUUUGGUCAGAGUGUUUAGAAUCUUCAAGCUGUCACGACACUCCAAAGGAUUGCAGAUCCUGGGACAGACCCUCAAGGCCAGUAUGCGCGAGCUCGGAUUGCUAAUCUUCUUCCUCUUCAUUGGAGUCAUCCUGUUCUCCAGCGCGGUGUAUUUCGCAGAGGCCGAGGAGAAAGGGUCGCACUUCGGCAGCAUCCCAGAAGCCUUCUGGUGGGCCGUGGUAUCUAUGACAACUGUGGGCUAUGGGGACAUGGUGCCUGUCACUAUAGGGGGUAAGAUAGUGGGCUCCCUUUGCGCCAUAGCUGGUGUGUUGACGAUUGCGCUCCCAGUGCCUGUCAUUGUGUCCAACUUCAACUACUUCUACCACAGGGAGACCGAGGGAGAGGAGCAGGCCCAACUCUUAAACGUUAGUGAACCAAACAUUAGUGAAAGCAAUUCUAGUCGCCGUAGCUCAUCCACUGUCAGCAAAUCAGAGUACAUGGAGAUUGAUGGAGAUAUAAAUAAUAGCAUCGACAACUUUAGAGAGGCAAACCUCAGAACUGGCAAUUGCACUAUAGCCAACCAAAACUGUGUAAAUAAAAGCAAGCUGCUCACAGAUGUGUAGAAUUAGACACCACGGGACUUAAAUGAUGCCGUCACAUGUUAACUGCACUAGACCAUCAGGUCUGAAAGCUUCAUUCGCCUCCUAUAAGCGUUCUAGCAUUACAACAACAACCAUGCGCAGCAAUCUGAAAGUAAUUAUUACAGGGAGAAACAAGAAAAUGAAGCUGUUACUAGAGAAUAUAACAUAGAGUAAAUUCAUUAUUCUAAAAUGAUCCUUUAAAUAAGUAUUGAAAAAAAAGAAACAACUUCUAUUUAUCAAGCAAAUGCGGGCGUCCUUGGAGGAACACUAAUCAACAGCACUCACGAGGACAUAUGUCUUUAUCAGACGAAGCCAGGCGUCGUAAUUAAAAUGAAAUGCAUGGAUUACAGAUAACAUUUCAGCAAGUUGCACAAUGCAUCAAGGAGAAAAUGCAUCAGAAAUAUGCUCUGCUGCCUGCAGAGAGAGAGAGAGAGAGAGAGGGAGACGCAAGUCAGCAUCUGUAGCAGUCAGACAGUGGUUGGAUCGAGCGACGCCUCGCCCGAAGUCAGAGGGGCUACUCCUCUACCCCUCUGUCAUCAAAGGAUUUACUAUCCAGCAAAGCUCCCAGGAAAAAGACUGAUCGCUGAUCUCCUGGUUUGGAUGAUGACGAGGAGGAUCUAGGAUACGGACAUCCGCAAUGCUGCUAUUUUCCAGCAGUAAGAUGCUGUAAUUAUGAUAUCACUAAGUGAUUCAAUGGGAUUUUAGCCCUUUAAAUGCAAGACAGCACAAUUAUAUAACAAAAGAGCUUCACAUGAGCAUGUUUAGAAACUCUCCAUACAUGUUGAUAUUGGCAUGCGUGAUGAUGAGACAUAACCUCAUAAUAAUGGAGAAAAAAAUAUUUUGGAUAUUUGCAUCCCCCUUAUGCCUUCAUUCGAUUCUUCCACCCAUCUAUGCUUUUGUUUCACUGAGAGUGCAGUACUGGUUUCAAAUAGGUUAUUCAUUUCAAAAUGCUAAUCGUUUAGAAGUAUCUAGGGAGUGAAUGUUAAAAAUCGUAAGGGAAACAGUAACUAAACUAAGAUCAUAGCAUGAGAAAAAUCAACCUGCAUUACGGCCUAUCGACUAGAUACUGUGUAUACUAGUAUAUCUAAUGCAUGACAUCAGUAUUCAGCUUGUUGCAGUUACAGACACUGAAUAGUGUCUCAUACUGUCAUGGAAAUGAAACGUGGGUAAUUAAAAAAAAAUCCCUGAAACGUUUCUGAAAUGUGACAAAAUACAGUAUAUCCAAACCCAAUUCCGGGGUUCAGACUUAAAACGUUCUCGAUCAAAGAAGCAGAAUAAAUACCUAUUAUCAAAAAUGCAUAUUCUCCUAAAUACGCACCAAGUAUUACAGUAUUACUACAAUAGUGCAGUGCAUGGACCUUCUUUGAACAAAGAAAAAGUAAACAUAUUAUGAGUCAUGUCUUCCAUUUCACCACUAAAUUUAGGGACGUUUGUUUAUUUCCACAAACAAAACAAUCGAAAUAGCUCUAAUUUGAAUGAAAUUAGCGUUUGUUUAAUAAAUAUUGCAAUUCAUUAUUUUGCACUUUAGUUGCUAGUGCCUUUACCCCUCUCACCAUGCAACAGGUUCAGUGAAAGUGCCUCUGUGUAUAUAGCCUACAACAUAAAUACAUGUUGAACAGAUCAGGUGCAGAAGAUCUUGUUUCCGCAAUAUUCUGUUAUGAAUGCUGUUAUUGAUGUGGAUGAUGAUGAUGAUGGUUAUUAAUACAGUGAGAGAAUGUUCAGUGAAAACAACCAUGGAAGUCCAUUACCAACAUGACCCAGGAUUGAGUUUACCCAAGAUUCUAGAACAACUCAACAUUGUUGUCCUCAUGAUGCACUUAUGCUCUUCCUGGAACCAACCAUCCUCCUGUGCUUUAUGUUUCUUCACCAUGCACCACUUCAAAUCCAAAGGGAAUAUCCAUUGCUUUGCAUUUGCUUUGCAUUGCAUUGUUGCUAUUGAUUUAUGUGCCAUAAGUCUUGCGUGUCUACCUCAGUGAGGUUACUGCAGAACUGAAGCCAGACUCCUAGCCAGGCAGAGCUGCAAAGCAGGCUAUAUCGAUGCAGAGCAGAGCUUACUUCUUCCACAACAUGAAAAAUUGCCUUUUAGUGGACGAGGCUGUGGUCAUCAGGGCCUGCACUUACAAAGUGCCUCAGAGUAGGAGCGCAGAUCUAAGAUCAGGUCUCCCAAUGUCCAUGUAAUCUUAUUCAUUCUGAUCUAAAAGGCUAAUCUGAUCCUAGAGCUGCGCUUCUACUCUGAGACACUUUGUGAUUACAGGCCCAGAUGCUGAAUUGUUAGAAGCACUUAAAAUAUACUCUAGCACCCUUAACCCUAUCACUUUUCCUUCCAAGCUAUGCAUAAUCAAAAAAGAAUAGAAACAAACAUCUAUACAGAUGUAGGAUCUUAAUUUGAUCCAUCUUUUGUUGAUGAUAAUUUUCCUGCUUGGCAGGAAAUGCAAACUUGUGGUGUAUUCAAGGUUUAAAAAGGCUUUUGAAGUUUGUAAUUUCUGCUUUAAAAAUGUCAGAUUUGAUUUGCCCUAAUGUAAAAUGUAUCAACCCUUACAAAAAAUGCCAAUUAAUUAUAAUCCACAUUUCCUGUUUCUGCAAAAUUAUUUCCUGCUGUAGAAAACUAACUCAAAUUAAGAUCCUACAUCUGUAGUAGCAGAGUAGACCAGAGCAUAAUGAUAUAGACUGGCUGAUUCUCGAAAAACAUGUUAAUACAAGUGGUUUGGUUUCAAAUCAAAUUGUAUUGGUCACGUACACAUAUUUAGCAAACGUUUAUGAAAUGUUUAUGUUUCUAUCACCAACAGUGCAAUAUUACCUAGCAAUGGUGUGUAUAGACAGUAUAUGAAUAGAAAAGGUUUGUACAGCAGUAGUUAUACAGAAUGGUGUGUAUAGACAUGAUUAAAGUGACCAGUGUUCCAUGACUAUGUAGAUAGGGCAGCAGUUUCUGAGGUGCAGGGUAACCAUUUGGAUUCUUUGGUGUGACAGUUGAGAAGCAAUGCAGGUUUGAUACUAUUACGCAGUGGUGGAAAAAGUACCCAGUAGUCAUACUUGAGUAAAAGUCAAGAAACCUUAACAGGAAAUUACUCAAGCAAAAGUGAAAGUCACCCAGUAAAAUAAUACUUGAGUAAAAGUCUAAAACGAUUUGUUUAUAAAUGUACUUAAGUAUCAAAAGUAAAAGUAUAAAUAAUUUAAAAUGACUUAUAUUAAGCAAACCAGAUGGCACAAUUGUUCAUGUUCUUUUUUUUUUUACAUUUACAGAUAGCCAGGGGCACAGUCCAACACUCAGACAUCAUUCAGAAACAAAGCAUUUGUGUUUAGUGAUUUCGCCAGGUCAAAGGCAGUAGAGAUGACCAGGGAUGUUCCCUUAAGAAGUACGUGAAUUGGACCAUUUCUGUCCUGCUACUUUUGGGUGUCAGGGAAAAUGUAUGUAAAAAGUACAUCGUUUUCUUUAGGAAUGUAGUGAAGUAAAAGUAAAAGUUGUCCAAAAAUAUAAAUAGUAAAAUAAAGUACAGAUACCCCCCCAAAAAACGACUUAAGUGGUACUUUACACCACUGCUAUGACAUCAUAGAACUAUCCUGUCCAAUUAUAUCUGUGAUUGCCUGAAAAGUGUGCCACACUUCAUUGAUGAGAAAUGCCCAUUCUAGUAAUAAUAUUUCUGUGUGUACCCAGGGAGUUUUAAGUCUAUUUUUUUCCCCACCCUGGGCAUUAUAAGCAAAUUAUAAAAGGCUCCACAGUCUUUGCUAGUUCAAUUUGCUCAAUAUCUACAUAUUGUAUUUCAUCAUUGUGUCUUCCAGCUUUCAGCAAAGCUUACGGAUGCUUUGUGAAUGCUGUUAUGUUGUUUAGGCAACAUUUUGGCUGUCAUAAUCAAAAUCCAUUUAGAAUCAAGGCAUGACACUGGUAUCACUCCAGGAAAUGUUUGUGCCACUGAAGUCGAGGGAUGACACACAACAGACGUAAUGACGCCCACACAUCAACAUAGCUAAAGAUUUAUGACUGGAUGUUACCUGGAGGAAAAGGACUGGACCGUGUUUCCUUUCGGGUCUCCACGACAGUGUGACAAGGUUCUUAGCGGACUAACAGCAAGCUAGCAAAGCAGGCUAAUGUACACAUUGUUUGGCAAAGCAGGCUAAUGUACACAUUGUUUGGCGAAAAGGCCGCACACUUAGAAUGUGUCUGUCUAGCAGAGAGCCUUCGUAGAUGUCACUUCAGUUCACACAUCGGUUCAAUAUAUACAAUAAAUACAAUAAGUGUUACUUCUGUGUCAGGGAUUUUCAGGGUUUCUGACCAAGAGAAUGUCAUCACGUCUUAAGAACAGACACGGAAUCUCCCAAAUACAGCCAAUACAAAGUGGCUGUCCCAUCUCAAGUUUCAAGUGUCAACGUUUAUCUGCCACUUUGACAAGAUACAACCGCUGUAAAACAGCAUAGUAAAAUUCUCACCUUGAGAGCAAUUUCCCAAUAACACGGUGAUAAUAAUAAUAAAUACAGUAGAUACUAAUAGAAUGAAACAUUUAAAUAAUAAUCCACACCAGAAUUACGAUGUGAGUUAAAGAAACAAGAGAUUGCAAGUAUAUACAGGCCACUGCCAAUACCUUAUUCAAUGUGCAGGGGUACUGGAGUGGUUGAAGUGGAUUUAUACAUAAAAAGUAUAUCUACCAUGUACAAUAGCUAGCUAACCAUCAGGUAAAUGAUGUGUUUUUACCAUCUGUGGUUUCUCUUAUGGCCCAGAAGAGUGGUUGGACAAAAUAUGUCCUGUUCCACCAAAUACCCAUGAUGCAACAGUUCACAGUGAGGUUGAGGGCCGUCACUAGUUACCCCAGCCACAUAGUCAUAAGUAUGGCUAAACCUUUGAAUUUGUGGCUGUGGUAGCUAGUGACAUCCAAGUUUGAGGGAACCCAUGCGAAACCCCUCACGUCAUGAUACCAGUACAUCCAUUGCUCUUGCCGUGAGGGCAAUCUAUGCAUGGUGCUAUGCAUUUAACUGUUCUAUAAAAAAAAACUAAAAAAAACAAUGCAUUCUUAUAGCAAUAGAAUUACAGGUACCUGUUUCUUAGAAACUUUUGUAAAAUAAGAUAUUCAUUAAUCUAUUUUAAAAAGAUAUGGAGAAGACAGAUGGUCUCAGUCUCUUUACCGAUAUUUACAACAUGGCUGUCUGUGUAUGUUGUUUGUUGUAUUCUUUGAUUUCAUGAACGUCAGUGGGGUCAAAGGUUAAAGAUCAAGGUUAACAUCAGGGUCCUGAUCAUUAGGGAAAACAUUUUUAAAACAUUUUGCAACAAGAACAUUUUGAGUUUCUUAUUGGACAGAGAGUCAAUCCCCAGUCAAUCUCCCCAUUUCACUCCGAUUUAGAGCGGUUUAUUCUAUUUGGUGCCGAAUGAACAUGACCCUGUCCUAACACUAAGCAUAGAAAACCUAUGAAAAGGCCAAAUAUAGGUAUUGUACAGUGGCCAUCCAAUCCCCGUCAACCUCAUAGGUCUACCUGGAGUAGUUUUCCAGCGAGGACGUUGUGUUGACAAACACAGCAAAGUAGCCGGCAGCACCCUUCCUCAGGAUUGAAGGGCUGUGAAUUUAGUGUGAAGGAGAGUCUGAGAUGAUGCAGAUAUAGGUGUGUUUGUAUAAUGUAUGCUAUUCAAAAGAAACACUAGUGAGGUCUAUUAAGAAUACCAUUCAGAGAACCUCAAGUAAAAGUAAACUAUAUCUCAAACGAAGAAAGAAACACUGUCAAAUAAGAGUAUUGCAAGCAACUUUAUAGAGCAACAUGUCAAAAACCAAUGAUCUCUAUGUUUUUUAUUGUGUAUCUUAUUUUUUGUUUUCUUUGUCACUAUACUACGAUUGAUUCCCACUGGGCACAGACGUCAAUUCAAGGUCUAUUCUACAUUGGUUCAAAGUAAUUUCAUUGAAAUUACGUGGAAACAAUGAUGAUUCAACCAGUGGGUUGUAUUUAGGAAGAACAUGACAAUAUCCUGAAAUAUCAAAUAUCAAAGACAAUAAUAAUGUGUUCCUUUGCCAAGCCAUGAUGAUUAAACUGAAGUACUAUUGUUGUCAAUUCACUGCACUGACAAUUUACUGUACUGACAAUUCACUGCACUGAUUAUUCACUAUACUGUCAAUUUACUGCACUGACAAUUUACUAUACUGUCAAUUUACUGCAUUGACAAUUCACCGUACUGUCAAUUCACUGCAUUGACAAUUCACCGUACUGUCAAUUUACUGCACUGACAAUUUACUGUACUGACAAUUCACUGCACUGACAAUUCACUAUACUGUCAAUUCACUGCACUGACAAUUCACUGCACUAACAAUUCACUAUACUGUCAAUUCACUGCACUGACAAUUCACUGCACUGACAAUUCACUAUACUGUCAAUUUACUGUACUGUCAAUUUACUGUACUGACAAUUCACUGUACUGACAAUUCACUGCACUGACAAUUCACUGCACUGACAAUUCACUAUACUGUCAAUUUACUGCACUGACAAUUUACUGUACUGACAAUUCACUGCACCGACAAUUCACUAUACUGUCAAUUCACUGCACUGACAAUUCACUGCACUAACAAUUCACUAUACUGUCAAUUCACUGCACUGACAAUUCACUGCACUGACAAUUCACUAUACUGUCAAUUUACUGUACUGUCAAUUUACUGUACUGUCAAUUCACUGUACUGUCAAUUUACUUUAUUGUCAAUUUACUGUACUGACAAUUCACUAUACUGUCAAUUUACUGUACUGACAAUUUACUGUACUGACAAUUGACUGUACCGGACAAGAAACAACUGUGUUAGCAUCAAGAUGUAUGGAUAGUAUUUUUUAUUUAAUUUAAAGAAACACGGGAAAACCCAUCCAAACAAACCAAACCAUUUAAGAGAGUUUCCAAACUUCCAUCACUGAAAACCAACUGAUAAUGUAUAGAUAAUGAAUACAUAUCUCUAUGGCAACCAAAAACUGCAUGGUUAACAGAAGACUGCAUGAGCUUUAAAACCUUUCCAAACUGUAGAUCAAUUAUAAUAGCGGUUGCAUCUUUUAAAGAAAUCCCUUGCUUUCAUCUAAACCAAAGGCUUCUAUGUCAAAAAUUUUCCUUUAAUUUGAAUGUAUUUUAGACAUUUUUUAUUGUAUGCUAAAGAAACGUUUUCGUCUCAGACCAAACGUGCGUUCUGAUUGGUGCUUGCUACACUAUGGCAACACUAUGUACUGAAUCUGAUCAGUUCUGAUGUAAGUAUUAACAUCACUCCAUGUUCAAACUAGCCUGGUCUCAGAUCUGUUUGCACUGUCUUGCCAACUAUAGGCUCAUUGUCAGGCCAAACACGGCAAUUACCAAUGACAACAAUCAUAGGAGUUGGCUAUACAGCACAAACAAACCUGUGACCAGGCUAUACGUUCAAACCUCUCUUUACUAACAUGCUGAGCGAGCGUGUGCGAGUGUUACAAAAUAAAUGUACACAUACAUGUUAUUCAAUCAUUUGCAGACACACUGCACACGCGCGUCUGCGUAGCCAGGCGCUAAACUAGAUCUUGGUUCCAUUUGUGACGCUUUGAUGCUCUGCAAGUCCCAUCUUCUCAUUGGUAUUUAGGAUCAUAUACCCACGUGGGUGAUUGAAAGAUGAACUGAGGUCCACAUUCCAGUCGGUGGUGGUAAUGCACCUUAAAAUUGGUUGCUAAUAUAAAGUCCAAAGAAGAAUAAGAAGCCUGAAGGAGGAGAGAUUAGUAGAAACAAACUCGGUUGACCGUUUUAUCUGUGGAUCCAUUGUCUGAGUAGAGGACCUUGUGCAUUUCAGGUAAAAUUAACAACCAAAUGUUUAUAUCCCAGGACAAAUGAUCUAGCAACAGCAAGCUAGCUAAAUUGGCAUAUAUGUUUAAUGCUUUUCGACAUGUCCCCAAAAAUGAUGUCAUUGGUUCAGAAUUCGUUUUGAUAUUUCAACCUGCGUGUCCUGAGGCAAGCGCCCAUUCUAGUCAGCGUGUUAGAAUGGUGAUGAGAGGUGACUAGUUCCUGUUUGAUGACAGGCAGUGAUGUGAUUGGUAGAUACGGAUAGACGGUAAGAGAAACAUGUAAGACAUUAUUUGUGUCUGAAAUGGCACCCUAUUCCCUCUAUAGUGCACUACUUUUGACCAGAGUCCUAUGGCCCCUGUAGUCGUAGUUGUGCACUAGAGUCCUAUGGCCCCUGGUGGUCAAAAGUAGUGCACUAGAGUCCUAUAGCCCCUGGUGAUCAAAAGUAGUGCACUAGAGUCCUAUGGCCCCUGGUGAUCAAAAGUAGUGCACUAGAGUCCUAUGGCCCCUGGUGGUCAAAAGUAGUGCACUAGAGUCCUAUGGCCCCUGGUGGUCAAGGGUGCCUUUUAGCAUGCUACCAUUGUGCAUGUAUAUAAGAAAUGUGAUCCUAUAAGAUAUCUAUAACAACCGAUAGAAAACCUAUUGAACGGGGAAUGUGACCGAGCAUCUCAGAGACAAGACAUACUGUUAACUCCCGGUGUCUGUUAAAUCAAAAUCCAAUCCAAUGUUAUUUGUCACAUGCUUGGUAAACAACAGCUGUAGACUAACAGUGAAAUGCUUCCUGAUGGGCCCUUCACCAACAAUACAGAGAGAAACAUAGAAAACAUUAUAGAAAGAUAAUAUUGUAGAUAUAUAAAAAUGUUUUGUCAAGAUCAGGUAUGUUUGUCAUGUAGAACUGAGUCCUGUCAGAUCUACUCGUUACAUUUCUACCUGAAAUGUUGUUAACGUUUAACCUCAUCGAAUACACCACUGCUCUUUAUAUUUGUAUUAUAAGUAAUCCAUUUGCCUACUUUCCAAUGUUUGUCAUUUUUUCACAUUGUAUAUUGAGGAUUACACUAUGAUAUGUCGGGCUUGUCAGAUGUCAGAGGAAAAACAUGGUCUGUGAUAUAUGCAAAGGUAUUUAUUAUCUAACUUAUGUCACACUGUAUGACUUCAUCGUUCAUGAAAUUCAAUAAAUGCUAAGGAUCA